AUGCCCAACGAUUUGUCACAAGUGCCAGACGGCAUCCAUGGCGGCUACCACGGCCCUUUGACCAUUCGGAUCUUGAUGAUUGUCUUCACGUCGAUUGCCCUGUACAAUUGCAUCGAAUUGUUCAUAUUAAUCUUUUUGACUUUCACUCACUACCAGGGGCUGUACUUCUGGACCCUGCUCAUCUCCGUCGUUCUUGGGGUCAUCCCCCACGCCAUCGCCUUUCUGCUAGAAUUCUUCGCUCUGGCCCCCCUAUGGCUGACUCUGGUCAUGUCGACCAUCGGUUUCUAUGUCAUGGUUCCCGGUCAGUCUAUGGUGCUGUAUUCCCGCCUGCAUCUCGUCGUCCAGAGUCAGAAAGUCCUUCGCUUCGUUCUCGGCCUCAUCAUCGUCGACGCAAUCAUCCUUCUGAUACCCACCACAGUCCUUACGUUCGCUACGGCAUAUGUUGGAACUCCGUCCAUAAUACGAGGAUAUAAUGUAAUGGAGCGCCUGCAGCUGGCUUGGUUUUGUGCGCAAGAGUUCGUCAUAUCAGGAAUCUACAUUUUCGAGACGGUCAAGCUGCUCAGGCUGAUGCCCGAGAAGGGCCGACGGCGAACUAAGAUCAUGUAUGAGCUGCUUGCCAUCAAUUUUGUGAUCAUUAUACUGGAUAUCGCAUUGCUGGUGGUGGAGUACCUCGGGUUCUACACCCUGCAAACCACCCUGAAGCCAAUGGUCUAUAGCAUCAAACUCAAGCUAGAAUUUGGUGUGCUUGGAAAGUUGGUUGCACUGGUGCAAACACAUCGUUCACAGCCCACGUCGGCAGAGCCGGAUCAGUAUCCAGUUUUCGUUGAUCCGACCCAGUUCACUUCCGACGUUACCCAUGCCGCUCCGCAGGAACUGCAAUCGCCGCGAGACAUGUCCACCUGGAAUUCCAUGUCAGUGGAAAGCUUACCCAUCCCCGAGCGAAGGAUACAGAUAUCCACUCAGUCUGUGGAUACCAUGCAGCCGCCAUGA